AAAAAAAAUGAGCAUAUUAAAUAAUAAAACUCAGGUUUCAAUAGAGUCAAAAUUAAGUGUCUCAGACAUAGACUCCAGCCAUAAAUAUUGUUCUUGCUGUAAUCAACCUUUUAUUGAAGAAUUAUGGUGUAAAAAAUGUGACCCAUACAAAAUAAUUGAAGGAUGGACAAGCGAAAAUCUUGAUAUUGAUAAAUUCAUUAAAGAUACGAUGUACUCAAGAAAAUAUGGAACAUGGCUUGAAUGGGUACCAUUUGAUAGGUUUAUAAAUGUAGAACAAAUUGGCGAAGGCGGAUUUUCCAAAGUUUAUUCUGCAACAUGGAUAGAUGGUAAGGCAGAUUACAAAUAUGAAUAUGGAAAUUGGAAAAAAUUAGAUCCUAAGCCAAUUAAAGUUGCUUUGAAAAGAUUGAAUGGUUCACAUGAAUUGUCAAUUGAAUAUUUAAAUGAGCUUAAAAUACAUUGGAAUGUUUAUUUAAAAGAAAAUUUUUCUUUGGGAUUUUAUGGAAUGACUAAAGAUCCAGUAACUAAAGAAUUUAUGAUGAUUAUUGAAUUUGCAAGUGGAGGAAAUCUGAAAAGUAUUUUUUUAAAUGAAUUUAUGAUUCUUUGGGAUGAUAAAAUUAGAAUUUUAGGUCAUUUAAUUUUGGGGCUUAAUAACUUACACAAAUUAGGAUAUUCCCACAAAAAUCUUCAUAGUGGAAAUAUUUAUAUUUCGGAUUUUGAAUUAAAUGGACCAGCAAAUAAACAAAAAUCUGAUAAUAAAAUAUAUGGUGUAUUACCAUAUAUUGCUCCUGAAGUUUUAAAUGGAAAACCAUACACACUAUUUUCAGAUAUUUAUAGUUUUGGUAUAAUUAUGUCCGAAUUAUCAUCUGGAAAACCACCUUUUUAUGAUAGAGAAUACGAUUCGAAUUUGGCAUUAGAUAUAUGUAAUGGACUCAGACCAGAAUUUGAAAAAGGAACUCCUGAAAUUUAUAAGAAUCUAGCUUAUAGAUGUAUGAAUUCUAAUCCUAAACAAAGACCAAAAGCAGAUGAAUUAAGUAAAAUUUUAAUAUUUUGGUAUCAUUCUAUUAAUGGUGAAAUGUUUAGUUAUAAAGGAA